AUGGAUGACGAUGAGAGGUCUAUGGAGAUAGAAGCACUCUCCGCCAUCUUUAUAGAAGGCGAAGAGCUGCAACUCAUAAACGAAAACGAACUCGUGAUUACUUGUGACCCUAGACGAGACGAUGACUCGCAAACCUGUUCUAUGCGGAUCAAAUUCGAACUGCCAGACGGUUACCCUGCCGAAGAAUCUCCAAGAUACGAGAUUGUCGACGCCGACGGGAUUGGCGAUGAGGAUAUGAAGUGUAUCGUAACAAUCAUAGGGGAGGUCAUAGAGCAAAACAUUGGUGCCCCGGUACUCUAUGCCAUUGUAGAAGCAGUAAACGAAAAAUUGGCUCACUGUGUUCAUGGUGGUGAACAAGGGGGAGCAGAGAGCGAUGAAUCAGAUGGUGAGGAAGAUAGUGCGGAUGCAACCGCUAGCCUAGACACGGGACUGCACAUCAAACAGCUCUGCCCGGAAACGGAGAGAGUUACAAGGGAGAUGUUUGAGGAUUGGAGUAAGAAGUUUAGACUAGAGAUGAUAAAGAAGGGUGUGUGGCGGGACAUUGAUGCGGCGUCGAACAAAGGGCAAAUGACCGGUAGGGAAAUAUUCGAGUCGCAACCAGUUGGCAUCGAUUUAGACGAAAACGAAAAUGUGUUCUGGAACAAUGAGGCACUCUAUGAUGAAGACUGCGAUGAGGAGGCGCUCGAGUGA